AUGUCCAACAAACAAUCCGCCUACGGCACCCCAACCUCGGACACAUUCGGCGGCAAAAGCUGGGACCGAGAAGAGUACGCCAAAAAAGGCGCUGAAGAAGAAGCCAAGCGCAAGGAAGAAGGCAAAGCGCGAUAUGAAGCCAAACUGCUCGGCAAGAAAUGGCACGCGCCGGUCGACUACAGCUCGCUCGAAGCGACAACCUCCCGCAAACAACGUCUCGAUGUCGCGUCGAUGGUCGGAAAGACGACGAUCGUUUCGGCAGCAAAUGCAGUCGGCAAGCGUGGUCGCGGCGCUGGUUUCUACUGCGCGGACUGUGAUCUCACAUUCAAGGAUAAUUUGCAACUUGUGGAGCACUUGAACAGCAAGCAGCAUUUGAUUGCUACGGGGCAGAGCGGGGAGGUGGCGCAGGCUACGGUGGAGGAUGUAAGGCAGCGGUUGAGGAUGCUUGCGCACCAGAAACGGGUUAGAGAGGAGGAGGAGCGGAUGGUGUGGCAAAUGGAUCUGGGCGAGCGGCUCAAGGAUAGAGAGGAGCAGCUCUCGAAAGAACGAGAGGAGAAGAGGCGGAAGAGGAAUGAGAAGCGCCGCAGAGGUGGGGAUGAGGUAAAGCAGGAAGACAGCUGGGAAGGCCGGCUGGGGAUCAUCGCCUAG